AUGUCUCAACGUCAACCUUUGGCGGUUGUUGGAUAUGCCUAUAGGGCCCCCAAUGUUGGACGCAAAGGCCUGUUCGAGUUCCUGGAGCAAGGUAAAUCUGCCUGGUCUCGGGUGCCAGCGGACCGCUUCAAUCAUGAUGCAUACUACCAUCCAGACAGUGAAAGAGCUGGCUUCAUUUCCUCCCACGGGGGCCACUUCAUGCCGGACGAUCUCUACGCAUUUGAUCCUGCCUUUUUCAACAUAAAGGCCGAGGAAGCCCGAUCCAUGGACCCGCAGCAUCGCCUUUUGCUUGAAUGUGCUUUUGAGGCCGCAGAGAGUGCUGGAAUCUUGCUCAACGAUCUGAUGGGUGCCAACAUCGGCGUUUUCGCCGCGAGUGACAAGUCUGAGUACUAUAACUCGGCGGCACAAGAUCUACCAACUGCAUCUAUUUUUACUGCUACAGGUGUGAACCCAUGCAUGUUCGCCAAUCGAUUGUCGUACUUCUUCGGCCUCACCGGGCCAAGUAUUGCUGUCGAUGCUGCAUGCGCUUCAAGUUGUUCCGCAAUCCAUCAGGCAUGUCAAGCCAUUCUAGCUGGAGACUGCUCUGCAGCUUUCGUUGCUGGAGCCAAGACACUCAAUGGCCCGAACCAGUGGAUUGAAUUGGACACUAUGGGCACUUUAUCCUCCGAGGGCAAAUGCUUUUCAUACGACAGUAGAGCUUCUGGUUUUGGUAGAGGAGAGGGUGCUGCAUGCAUAAUCAUCAGGCCACUGUCCGAUGCGCUUGCCUCUGGUGACCCAGUGAGGGCGGUCAUUCGCAACUCCGCCGGCAAUCAUUCAGGACGCACACAAGGGAUAUCCAUGCCAGGUCGUGCUUCGCAGGAGAAGCUCCUUUCUCGAUUGCACCAAGACAUCGGACUGGAUCCGAAUGAAACGGCUUUUGUUGAGGGUCAUGGUACCGGUACUCAGGUGGGUGAUCCUAUAGAAGCAGGGGCGAUUUCAACAGUGGUAGCAAGUCAUAGAUCUUCGUCGAAUCCUCUAUACAUUGGAUCAGUUAAGUCCAACAUCGGCCACUUGGAAAAUGCCAGCGGCCUCCUAUCCGUCAUCAAAUGCAUCAUGAUGUUGGAGCAUGAUAUAAUGCUACCCAAUGCCAACUUCCAAGAGUUUAAUUCGGAUAUCGAAGGACGAGAUCGUCUGAAGGUACUUACCGAGUCGGCACCUUGGCCAUCGGAUGCUACGAGGAGGGUAUGCAUCAGCAAUUUCGGAUUUGGUGGAAGCAACGCGGCACUGUUGCUUGAAGCAGCCCCGAAAUCUUCUACCCCGAACGGCAAUGGAAUUCUUCACCAGAGCAACGGCAGCCACCACAAUAAUGCAAAUGGAGCAUUUGGCCUUGUUGAGUACACAAAAAACAAACUUGGGUGGAACGGUAACGGAUCGAAGUUUCCUGCCACAAGAUUUCAAGGAGUGAUCAAUGGCCAUGAUGAUGCUGAAAUUGUGGAACGUUUGUUCCCUUUUUCAGCACGAUCUCAAGUCAGUCUCGACGCAUACAUAAUAUCUUUCCGAGAUUAUUUAAACACAGCCUCCUCUUCCAUCAGCAAUUUCAAUGAUCUUGCAUUCACACUUGGACAACGAAGGACCCACUUUCAGCACCGUAACGCCGUCAGUGCAAGCUCUAUUGAUGAGCUGAAACAGAAGCUGCAAACGUUUCCGCCGAGUGCUAAGUCUGUCUUGGCCAAAGACCAAACACUUGCCUUUGCAUUCACGGGACAAGGAGCGCAGUAUUUCCAGAUGGGUAAUAGUUUACGGGGGUACCCCAAAUUUGAGGAAUCAAUGUCUGCGGCUGAGCAGCUUUUGAAGCAGCUUGGGGCUACGUGGUCGCUCACAGAUGAGCUCAACAAGGGCGAACACGAAUCCCGUAUUGAUGAUGCUGAGAUUAGCCAGCCGGCCUGCACAGCUAUUCAGCUUGCGUUGGUCAAUCUACUAAGACAUUGGGGCAUCAUGCCAGCAGCAGUCGUUGGACAUUCUAGCGGCGAGAUCGCGGCCGCAUACGCCGCAGACAUACUAACUUUCGAGUCCGCCCUUGCAAUCGCAUAUUUUCGGGGUAUAGCUGCUGCGAAGAUUCUCAGAGAGACUAUUGGUGUACAAGGAGCUAUGCUGGCCAUUGGGGCGAAUGCGGAACAGGCUGAGAAGCUAUUUCCCAAUGACGAAUCUUAUGCAGUCAUCGCCGCAGUCAAUAGUUACGGCAGCGUUACCAUUUCAGGGGAUCUUGCGGCCAUUGAGAAUAUUCAAGAGAAAGCCCAGGACCUGGGCCUGUUUGUGCGAAGGUUGAAAACUGGCUUGGCGUACCAUUCUCGUCAUAUGGAACGGGUGGCAGCCUCAUACUCGGCAUCCAUUGAACCAUACUGCUGCCUCAAUUCAGAUGUCAGUCAAGCAUCACAAAAUCCAGUCUUUGUCUCAUCGGUAACUGGGAGAAUCGAGUCUCCGGCUGCGAUUGAUACACAAUAUUGGGCUCAGAAUCUCCUCCAGCCUGUCCAAUACCUCACAGCUGUGGAAACCUUGUUCUCGGACUAUCAUGACAACAGGUCUGGGGAUGUACUACCCAGUAUACUGAUUGAGAUUGGUCCUCACUCAGCGCUACAGAAUCCCUCAAAGGAAAUCUUAGAGCGUCUACUCUCGAAUGACACUGGAAAAUCUCCAUCACAGGUGACCUACAUGCCCUCACUAGUACGCGGCAAGAAUGCCACGACAGCUAUUUUGGAUCUCACUGCAAAACUUUACUCGAGGGGCGUGAGUGUCAAGUUUGAAGAAGUCAAUCAAACGGAGCCGUCUCGCGUCUGUGUGGUCCAUGAUCUCCCACCCUAUGAAUGGAAUAAAGCGGUCAGAUACAUUCACCAACCUCGCGUUGCAAAACAGAAAUUGUUCGGCGGAAAAGCGUAUAAUGCACUCCUUGGCUGGGAGAGCCCUUACAAAGAAGGAGAUGAGCAGGUAUACCGAAAUAUUUUUUCUCUCGACGACCUUCCCUGGAUGCGCGACCAUGUAGUUGACGGGCAGAUUCUUUUCCCCUUUACUGGAUUCGUUUCCAUAGCUAUAGAAGCUUUCAAAUCACUGAAUGACACGGCAUCGGGUGUGAUCUUACGAGAGCUUCAUGUUUCCACGAGUCUGGAGAUUGACGGAGAUAAACCUGCCGAUAUCACAACUAAGUUUCGCCCUGCCGCAACAGGAACCGGUUCUUUCUCUAAAUUGGUCUGGAACUUCGAGAUCAUGUCUUGGACAGAGGUCCACGGAUGGAAGCGGCACUCACAUGGCUUCAUCGAAGAAGAAAAUAGCAGAGAUCCCUUUUCAAGAAGUCCAACAGUUCAGGCUGCUUUGAGAGCACUCGAGAACCAAGAACUUCAAAAGCUCGACGUCGAUAGUCAAUAUGCUCUCCUGCGGGAAAACAAUGGCAUCGCUUACGGUAAGACCUUUCGCAACACGAUCGACUUCUGGCAAGCAUCAGAACUGGUUGUACACACCAUGGCGCUCCGAAAAAUUGACCUUGAGGCGUAUGGCUCCCCAUCAAAGUCUCCAUUUACAGUUGAUCCACCGACUUUGGAUACUAUCUUCCAUUCCCUCGGAGCCAUACAAGAAAUCUGUGGACCUCGGCCAAUCCUUGUCCCUUCGUUCUGCUCUCAGUGGCGAAUUGCCAGCGACAUCCCUGCCAGUGCCGGACAAGAGUUCACUAUUGUCAGCAGGCGUUUGAAAUUUGACGAAAAAGCAAGCAGGAUGCAGAUGAACUUUGUUGUUUUUGACACUUCUGGCUUGUCUCCUAAGCCCGUAGCCGAGAUUGGUCCGUUGACGCUGCAGUGCAUCAGCCGCCCAGAAGCUACCAACCUGCGCCUUCCAGACACUUUCUCUUUCAAGAAUGUGCCAUACGUCAACCUCAUGGACCCCGACGUUAUUUCGAAGACACUCGAAGGGACACCGCCCCCUGAAAGUGAAAUAUCGCACCGGCAUGAUCUUGAUCAAGCGGCCAUCAUUUUCCUUUCUCGCGCACUGGAGGCGGAGUAUGACCUUUCCAACUUACCAUCUCAUUUUCCGAACUUCCUUGUGUGGGCUAAAGAUGCAUUGGCGGGCAACCCGUCGUCAACCCCUGAGGCCGAUGUGCAAGCUCUGAUAGACCGCAUCUCAACUUCCAAUGCCACCGGCGAACUUGUCUGUGCUAUUGGCGAGCAGCUUCCCGCAAUCCUCCGUGGAGAAAAGCAAGCACUCGAGAUAAUGUUAGAAGAUGGCCUGCUCUGGCGUACAUAUGCCGAGAAUGUCGCUGGAAUCCGUGCAAACCAGGCACUGGCAGAUUAUGUUGCGUUACUGUCAGCAAACAAUGCUGAGCUGAACAUAAUUGAACUUGGUGCUGGCACCGCGAGUGCCACACUACCGAUACUUGAUGGUAUAUGUCGAGCAACUAAGGGAGCUGCGACCAACUUCUCCUACGAAUUCACAGACAUCAGCGCAGGGUUUUUUGACAAGGCUCAAGCCAAGUUAUCGCAAUGGUCAGAGCAUAUAACAUACAAAAAGUUGGAUAUAAGUCAUGAUCCACUGACACAAGGGUUCAAGGCCGAGUCAUAUGAUGUAGUUCUGGCCAGCAAUGUACUCCAUGCCACAUCGGAUAUUGUCUCAACAUUGAGCAAUGUCCGUAGCCUGCUUAAGCCUGGUGGAAAGAUUCUCCUCAUGGAGGGUGUGAAUCGUCCACCGCCAUCUUUUCUGCCAUACGCACUACUUCCAGGGUGGUGGCUCUUUGAAGAUAGUUAUCGCACAGAUGGGCCGCUACUCACAAAGGAGUUGUGGAACAGCGCUCUUUUGGCAAAUGGAUUCUCUGGUCUAGAGGGCCAUGUGGAUGAUUACCCAGGGCAACCAGAAGGAUUAUUCUCAGCCUUGUGGUCGUCGCGUUCCGACCAAGAAGAAAGGAUUCAGGCAUGUGACGGUCCUAUCACGAUUUAUCAGUGCUCUUCAGACGAGGAAUCUCUAAGCUUCGCCAAGACUAUUUCCAGUAGAUUGAAAAGUCAAUUCAGUACAACGCCGACAACCAGGGAUUUGUCAGACAUUGAUAGAAAAGACGAUGAUCAGUUGUGUGUCAUAUUGGACAGUCAGCAGCGCAGCAUCUUCAGCAAUAUGACGUCAGAAAACUUUUAUGCGGUGAAGAACAUCCUUAUAAGGUCAUCUCGACUGAUUUGGGUCCUGCCAGACAAGGCUCAUCCCGAUGCCUCAAUGAUCAGAGGAUUGCUACGUACCAUCCGCCUCGAACUUCCCUUUAGCAAAUUAAUCUUGUUCGAAGCACCGUUGGACGGAGAAGCUGCAAAGUCGAUUGGGAAGCUCGCAGACCACAUAAUGCGGGAUCCGCACUCGUUGGUUCAGUCAGAGCAGGAGUACACGCUAAUUGAUGGGACAAUUUGUGUUCCGCGACUUCAGCUAGUCGGAGCUGCGAAGGAAAUUUUUGCUAUGGAAGCUGGAGGUUUGAUAAAGAGUGAGCAAAAGAUCUGGCAAAAAGAUACCGCGCUCGAAGUAUCGGUCGACUUUGCUGGUAGUCUUGAUUCUCUCUAUUUACGGCGAAGCAAUAUCCUUGAAACAGAUUUAGGUGAUGAAGAAGUUAUUGUUCGAGUCAAGGCGGCUGGGAUUAACUUUAUUGAUCUUGUUACGGUCCUUGGGACUUUACCAUGGAGUCCUCCUGGCCUUGAAGGAGCAGGCAUCGUGGAACGCAUUGGAUCGCGCGUCAACGACUUGCAGAUAGGUGAUCGGGUAUUUUAUGCGAUCGAUAACGCCGGUAUGGCUAACUUCGUACGCAUGCCCGUCACAUGCGCCCACAAAAUCCCAGAUAAUCUAGAUUUUGCUGAAGCUGCCUCGUUGCCAAUCGCGUAUAGCACAGCAAUCAUGAGCCUUCUCGAUGUCGGUCGACUUCAGAAAGGAGAGAGCGUGCUCAUUCACAGCGCGUCAGGGGCGGUCGGCCAGGCUUGUAUUUCAAUCGCCCAAAAUGUAGGCGCUCAGAUCUUUGCUACCGCAGGCACGCCGGAGAAACGAGAAUUUCUUACCGAGAAGUAUGGUAUACCAAGCAACCAAAUAUUUACCAGCCGCACACCAGAAUUCAAGGAUGGAAUCAUGAAAGCUACUGAGAGCCAGGGUGUCGAUAUGGUCGUCAAUUGUCUGAGUGAGCAGCUACUCCAGUAUACUUGGGAUUUGAUUGCAGAGAACGGGAGAUUCAUCGAGAUCGGGAAAAAGGAUCUUCUCGAUAAUAGCUACCUACCUAUGGGAAAUUUCAUCAAGAAUGUAACAUUCAGCGGUGUCGAUGUGCGGAGGAUCAUCAGUACUCAACCAGCCAGGGUAAACAAGUGGCUUUCAACUAUCACUCGUAUGUUCCAAGAGGGGAAGAUCGCGCCGAUUCAUCCGAUCUCGAAAAUAGCCGCAUCUGAGGUCAAGAUGGGCUUACGAAAAUUACAGACUGGCCAGAACAUAGGUAAGAUUGUUGUUGUGAUGGGACACGAUGACCGCGUUUUAGCGGAGAGUUGUUCACCAAUGAAGAGAGACAGCUCAACCUCAACAUUGCUGCGACAUGAUGCAACCUACCUUAUCGCGGGAGGUACUGGUGGUAUCGGGAGGGCCUUGGUACCAUGGAUGAUUGGCAGAGGCGCUAAAAACGUGGUCAUUCUGGGUCGCAGUGCCUCGACAAACCCAAAGGUCCAAGAGAUAUUGAAGCAGUACGAGGGCACCGAUGUUUGUGUCAGGGCAAUUCCUUGUGAUGCUGGCUCCCGUACAGAUAUGAUUCGCGCUUCUCAAGCUAUCAGCGACCUACCGAGAGUGCGUGGUGUUGUACAUUCAGCGAUAUGUUUAUCCGAUUCCAUCUUCGCCAAUCUCGAAUACAACGAAUACCAACAAACAACAGGCUCUCGGGUUCAAGGCGCAUGGCUUCUCCACGAGCUGUAUCCCGACCUUGAAUUCUUUGUAGCCCUUUCCGGUAUGACCGGCAUUGUCGGGAAUAGUGGACAGUCAGUUUAUACUGGUACAUCGACAUUCCUGGAAGCGUUUGUCGAUCAUCGCCUUGCACUUGGACUUCCUGGAGCUGUUAUACACUUGCCGCCGGUGGAAGAUAUUGGCCUUGUAGCGGAGCUCAAUAUCGGCGAGCGGCUAAGGAGCUCGAUUGGUGGUAUUCUCUCUGCUCAAGAAGUCUACACCCUAGUGGAAGGAGCCAUACUUGGACCAUCUGCUGGUCUUGGUGUUGGUGGCAAAAAUCUAUCAUGGUCCUUGGUUCCGUCAACUGAAGUCGAAAUGUUGCCUUGGGAGCGCUUUAUGCCAAUUUCAGUGAUGAAGCGCCAAAGGAUAGGACGCAAUGGACUGAAUCAUUCACAGAGUGGCAAAGAAAAUCGCCUGCAAUUACUAAAGAGUGCCUCCCUCGAUGGGCUUAUGGAUGCUUUGAUGGAUAAAGUCUCAUCCAUGACCGCUAUGGACAAGGACGAGGUUACACCAACAAGGAGUUUGAUUGAUUAUGGCCUGGACAGCUUGAUCUCUCUCGAACUUCGUAACUGGAUUCGACGUAACUUCGACGUCCACAUGGAGACCAGUGAUAUCAAUACAUCAACAGACCUGAGGGCAAUAGCGGACUAUAUACUUUCCCACAAGAAGACUGUGUCAUGA